AUGCGAUACAAGCCGAUAAAUUUCUCACUAAGCUCAAAGAAGUCAUCAGGAACUUUUCAUCCUAUUCCUGUAACUUUUAAUGAAGAAGAAAAAUAUUCAACUGAACAAUCAAUGACAAAGAAAGAACUAUUAAACAUAAUUCAAACAUUGGUUGGAUCUUCGAAUGAGCAAGUUAGACAUCUUCAUAAUGGUGAUGAAAUGGAAGAAACAGAAGAAACAGUGGAAACAGAGGAAAGAAUUUAA